GACCUCAUAUAUAUCUGGAGAUUUCCUGUUUAAUGUCAUCCUCCUAGCUAGUCCUAUAUAUACACUUCACUUGUAAACCUAGAAAGAAACCUCAGUUCUUGCACUCUUACACUUCAAAACUACCCACUAUGGAGCUUGCAGAAUUGUUCAACGUCGCAUGGAAAUCAGCACAGCGCAGCUCCCAGGAAUCUGAAUGUCUGCAGGCGUUGAAUGAUCUUCUGCAUUUUCCGGUCAGUUCCCAUCUUCUUGCACUCGCUUCCACCCAAACCGACACCGAUUUGCUUAGACGUCUUCAGAGUCUCACCGGACACCCCAGGCUCCAAAUCAAGAAUCUUUCUUCUUCUGUUGCUGCCGCUUGGAAUGACAGAAUUCUCAAAGAAUUUGUCACAGAACAACCCAUGCCUGAUGAUCCACCUCCAAUUAUAAACCCAUUCAGAUAUAUUGACGUUAACGGCAAGCGCGUUAAGUUGAUCGUCAAGAAACGUCACUGUUCUGAAAUUGCUAUGCCCAACAUUCUUGACGAUGAAGCCUCCAACAAACCAGAGAUUCCGACACCACCGCCAAAACUCAGGAGACAAGAGAAUCUUGCCAUGCCUCAUCAGAAACCUGACGCGGUUGAAACCUCCAAGCAAUUGAUACCCAAACCAGAGAUUCAGAAACCACCCAUGAAGAGACAACAGAAUCUUGGCAUGCCUCACCAGAAACCCGACCAGGUUGAAACCUCCAACAAACGACAGAUUCAGACACCACCCAAGAAGACACAAGAGAAUCUUGGCGUUCAAAAAUUGAUGCCCAAACGACAGAUUCAGAAGCCCAGGAGACGAGAGAUUGCCAUGCCUGAUCACCUUCAAGACAAUCAGCUGCACUUGAGGGACAACAUAAAGGAACAGAUUCUUCAAGGUUUAUCCAUGGUGUUUCAGGAAGUUCAGGAGGAGAAUCUCAGGACUGAACUAAACAGGCGAGAUCCAGCCCAGAUUGCCUCUUCUAUUGAAUCCCUACUGUUUGCUAAGUGGGGAUUCUCCAACACAGGCUGCCGCCCCAAGUACCGAUCGCUUCUGUUCAACAUUAAGGAUCCUAAAAACCCUGACUUUAGAAGAAAGCUUCUUCUCGGAACAAUCAAACCAGAGGAUGUGGCAGAUAUGAGCCCACAAGAGAUGGCCAGUGAUGACAGGAAGCGUGAGAACCAAGUCAUCCUUGCAAGGAAAUCCACCAACUGCAAUAAAUCCUGAGGCAACUUUCUGUGAUGAAAAAUUCAAUUAGGAGCAGAUUAGUUUCUAAUUUUCAAUUAAUGCAAUGCAUGGAUUGUUAUUAGUUGUAGUUUUAUGUAAUAAC